UUUUCUAAAUUCUGCGGAAGCUAAUUACAAACUCAAUUAUACACUAACCUCUGAUGAAAUUUUGGCAUGUGAUUAUACGCGUUUUGAGAGCCACUUAGAGGCUCUUAAAACUGGUAAUGUUUGGCUUAAGGAACAUAUUGAAACACUGCAAACAAAAAGCCAAAGUUUAGAGAAAAAAGUUGAGAAGAUUCCGAAAAGCCUGCAGAGCAUAGAAAAUAAAUUAAUGACGGAAAUCAAAAAAAUCCAACCUUAUCCCAAUAGUUGUGCUGAUUUUAAUGGAUAUUAUUGUGCGAAUAAUAAAUGCCGCAUACAUAAUCGUCUUUAUGGGUCAAAUCCAUUUUUAGUCUCAUGUGAUGAUCUCAACGAAGGCGGUGGUUGGAUUAUCAUGCAAAGGCGUAUUAACGGUUCCGUAGAUUUCUAUCGCAAUUGGUCUGAUUAUAAAAAUGGUUUCGGUAACAUUGAUGGAGAAUUUUUUAUAGGACUAGAUAAAUUGCAUGCUCUCACUACUACACUACAACCCAUGGAAUUAUUCAUACUACUAGAAGAUUUUAACAAUAUUGUUAAUUAUGCCAAAUAUGAUGAAUUUUUAAUUGGUAACGAAAUGGAAAACUACAAAUUGCUUAAAGUUGGCAAAUAUUCUGGCAAUGCUGGAGAUUCAUUUAGUCAACAUCAGGGAUUUAAUUUUUCCACAAAAGAUCGGGACAAUGAUUUGGAUACACAUAAUUGUGCUAUAGCAUUUAAAGGCGCGUGGUGGUAUAGAAGUUGUUUAUGGAGCAAUUUGAAUGGAAAAUAUAGCAAUAUUCCCAAGCCAGAUAAAGAAGGCGAAGGCGUUUGUUGGGGAGAAUUCCACGGUUAUGAUUAUUCUUUGAAACAUGUUCAAAUGAUGAUUAGACCUAAGAGAAUGUAAAUGCAAAGAAGAAAAAUUAAAAUUUUCACGAAUCACUAAAAAUAUAUAUUACUAGCUAAAUGUACCCGGCGUUGCUCGGGUUUUCUUCGAUUCUU